AUGGAGAUGACAAAUCAGACUAAAGUGACCUUCUUCAUUAUUAAGGGGAUAUCGGAUGUCCCUGCGCUCCAGGCUCCCAUCUUCCUACUGGUUCUUCUGAUUUACCUCCUCAGUCUUGGAGGUAACAUGGCCAUUCUCCUGCUCGUCUGCCUGGACCAUCACUUGCACACUCCCAUGUACUUCUUCCUGUGCAACCUCUCCAUUAUGGACAUGUCAUCUAUCACGGUCACCGUACAUAAGAUAUUUGCUAUCUUUAUAUCUGGGCAGAGGACGGUUUCUUUUCUUAACUGCAUGGUACAGUUUUAUAUAUUUUCGUGCUUGGCCUGCAGUGAGUUGCUAAUACUUACAGCCAUGAGUUAUGACCGGUAUGUGGCCAUCUGCAAACCUUUGCAUUAUCCUAUGGUCAUGAACCAGGUAGUCUGCGUCCUCUUGGCCAUUUCAUGCUGGGUAUUGGGAUUCCUGGAAGUCGUGCCUUACGUUGCUUUAUUAUCGAAAUUUUCUUGCUACAAAUCUAACAUCAUCAACCACUUUUUCUGUGACCUUGUGCCACUCAUGAAUCUCUCUUGUAGUGAUACCUCUGUUUUGCAGAUAUUGACUCUCGUAGAAGGGCUUCUACUUCUAAGCCUCUCUCCCUUCCUCCUCACAUUUGUGUCUUAUAUUUAUAUAAUUAACACCAUACUGAGGAUCCGUUCCAGCACUGGAAGACGUAAAGCCUUUUAUACCUGCUCUUCACAUCUCACAGUCGUUAUCCUUCUUUACGUAACUCUUGUCUUCCAGUAUCUGAGACCAACGUCAGCAGAAACACUAGAUGCCAAUAAACUUUUCUCUCUUUUCAACACAGCAGCUGUCCCUUUGCUAAAUCCCCUGAUUUAUAGCUUAAAAAAUAAAGAAGUGAUUUCUGCAUCUAGAAGAAUGAUCAAAUUCUUAUCGAAAUGA